AUGGCCGCGUCUGGUACCGAAAUCGACGACUUCUUGAACGGGCCUCUAGUUUCGUGGCUAAAAUCAUGCCUUCCAAAUCCAGAUAUCAUUGUAGAGUAUUCCACCUUAUUCAAUGGAGAUAUCCUGCAUCAAGUGUAUCUCCAGAUAGAUCCAGAACCAUCAUGUCACAUCACAAAGCUUGUUGGGCUGGAAGAUCAAGCCUUAAUAUUAGGUAGAGUGAAAAACUUUGAUGCCAUCGUCAGGAAUGUAAAGGGCUUGUAUGAAGAAGAACUUGGCAUGACUUUGUUAGUGGUUCCUGAAUGUAUAUGCUUAGGAAAAGCACCAGAAUCAAGAGAGGGACUAGAAACCAUGAAGCUUUUGAUAUUACUGCUUCUUGGUGCUGCAGUCCAGUGUCCUAACAAGGAGUUGUUCAUAACUAGGAUCAAGGAAUUGCAUGUUGAUUUACAGCAUAACAUUGUGGAGUGUAUUAAACAGGUAACCGACAUGCAGACAGUAGUACUAACGCCGGAUGCCAUCGAUCUCUUCCAAUCACCGACAAUGUUCAAUCAUAUGCGACGACUGGCGAAAGAACGUGACCAUUACCUCCAAAAUUGGACUUCCUCAGUUCUACAUGAAGGCUUGUGUGAAAAUGAAAAUGAAAGUAAAAAUGGCAAAAGUCGAUCCACUCAAAAUGUGAACCAGAAUAAUGGCGAUAGUCAACAUCUUGCUGUUGAAUUAGCGGAUUGGAAAGCUAGACUUCGGAAGCAAAGACAAGAAUUGGAAGAGAAAUCAGAGCAGUUAUCAGAAUGCCGUGAAGAAUUGGAGCAUACGAAACUAGUAUUAGCUAAACUGCGUUCAGACAGUCAGGAGUGGUUUAAUGAAGCUCGAAAAGCUGCUGGCUAUCGAGACGAAGUUGACGCACUUAGAGAAAAAGCUGAUAGAUGUGACAGAUUAGAACAAGAAAUUCAGCGUUAUCGGGAUCGAUUAGCUGACGCAGAAUACUAUAAGACUCGAGUCGGAGAAUUGCGUGAAGAUAACAAAGCUUUGAUGGAAACAAGAGACGCUUUAGAAGAACAAUUACAAAGAGCAAGAAAGCGUGCUGAACAAUGUCUAACUUUAGAAGCUGCUAUGAUUAAAUUAAAGAGAGAGGUCAAUGAUAUAGCUUUGGAAAGAGAUGCUGACCAACAGAAAAUUCAGGAGCUAAUAGAAGAAAAUAAUCACUUACAAUAUAUCACAAAAUCCGUGUUAAGUGAAAGUAAUAAUAGUAAUUUAGAUACCGAUAACGAAGGUGAGAGUACUUUGGAAUCUGGCGAAAAUAGUUUAUCAGAGCAAUUAACUAGUAAUGCACAAGCCAGGGCUCUAAAACUUGAACUGGAAAACAAAAGACUGCUAUCGACGAUUGACAAUUUGAGAGAACAAAGUUUAUUUGAAAGCAGUGACAAAGUUCUUGAGUUAGAAAAAGAAAAGAAAAGGUCAAUUUUGAAAUGUGAACAGUUACAAGAAAAUUGUAACAGACUAAUGCAACAGAACUCUGAACUGGAAGAAGUUUUCAGAAAUGCUCUAGAAGAAAACAGAAAAUUACAAGAUUCUUUGGAUAGUCAAAAAGCUUUUAUAGAUCGUCAAGCAAUAGACAGAGAUUCAGAGAAAAAUAAAUUGCGAGACUUCGAAAAACAUUUAGAAUCGUUAACCAAAGAUAAACAGAGAAUUCAAAUGUUAUGUGAUUCUAUACAGAGAAGAGCCGAUGAAUUAGAAAAAUCGCUUGAUGCAAGAACUAAAGAGUUGAACAUUUUAAAGCCUGAAGCUGAUAAAGUAACUGGUCUAAUAAUCCUUACUGAGGAAUUGAAAACCAAAUUAACAUACAGUGAAAGGGAUUCCCACAAUUUACAAAGAGAAGUGAACAAACUAAGAGAAGCUAUUGAAGAAAAAGAUGUGUCUCUUGAUAAAUUGACAACUGAAAUUGAGUUAAAAAAGAAAGAACUUGAGCGUUUGUCCAGAGAACUUGAAAUCAAUCAAAACUUGACUAUUCGCCUCCAAGAUUUGGAACAAAAGACUCAAGAGUUGAAGUCACAAAAGAAGGUUGACUCUGAAACUAUUCAGACUCUUCAAAAAGAUUUAAUAUCAGAAAAGGUUAAUUUUGAUAAACUAAGGAAUUGCAUGGAAAAGAUUGGUAUUAACGCCUUCGAAAUUAUAAGUAAAGAUGUUAAUAUAGAAGAUUUAUUAGAAAAAAUAAUUACAAAUGCUGAUCAUGAGGGAUUAAUAUCUGACAUUGCUGCUAAAGCCAAUUUAAUGAAAUUGGUUCCUUGCGACUGCAACCAUGAAAGUGAUGAUACAAAUAAUGAUGUCAGUUUGGUAAACCCUCAAAUAGAACAGCUUUCUUCAGAUCUUACAGCACUACAGACGUCUCUAGAAAAUUGCCAAGCAGAGAAUGCUAAGCUACAGGUUAAUAUUGCAACAUUGAAUUCUCAAAACGGCUCUUUGAUAUCUCAACAAAUGACUCUACAACUUGCUAACAGCCAACUUGCAGCUGAAAAAGAAGAGAUCGUGAAACAGUUAGAAGUUCUUAAAGACAAACAAGACAACCUACUAAGAGAUCAAGUUGCUUUACAAACACUUCAUGAACAAUUAAAUACUGAAUACGAAACAUUACUUACUGAGCGUGAACCUAUAAAAGUGACCAUUAGAGAUCUUAAAUUGGAAAAUAGAGAAUUAAAAGAAAAACUAGUACAAUUUGAGAAAAAAGUAACUGAUUUUGAAAUGGAACGUGAGAACUUAAAAAUUGAGUCUAGAAACCUUACUAAUCUUAGAGCUGAACAUUCGAAACUAAAAGAUGACUUUAGAAAUUUGUUUACGGCUAGUGAUCGGUUAAAAAAUGAAUACAGAAACAUGCAAGAGGAAUACAGAAAUCUUAGGAGUGAAGUCGCACAAUUAAAGUUAAGAAAUACUGAGAUUUCUGGUGAAGUCAACACAAAAAUUGAAAUAAUAACCAGUAUGGAGUUAGAAAUUAAUAAGACCAAUCAACAUUGUGAAAUGUUAAUCCAAAUGAAUAAAAGUUUGGACGCAGAUAGGCGAUCUUUAAUGGACCAUGUCUCACAACUUUUAACACAAUAUCAUGAGCUACUAGCACAUUCUUUGAAAGAUAAACAACAUUAUCAUGAAGAAGAAAAAAUGUUUGCUGAUAAAGUAAAUGCAUUGUGUCGGCAGAAAGAAAAGUUGGAAGAAAAAAUCAUGGAACAUUACAAAAAGUUGGAUAAUUGCACCACUAAAAGACGAGGCUUUGGUGAUUCAUUUUUAAAGAAAGUUAGGAAAGCUGGUACAGACUUGAUAAACAAAGUACCAUCUCGAAACAAUAAACGUAUAGAAGAUGGCAGCCGUUCAAAGUCUCAAUUAACUUUGGCGGGUUCAGAAUCCGGGGAGUCCGAUCCCGGUAGCCAUGAAUUAGAGAAGAUAUCAAAAAAUCCUGACCAAGAUCAAGGUUCCUCAAACCAAAGUACAGAAUCACCGAGACAUAGUUCCGAAACCAGUUUCACGAGGCGAUUCGAAAAUAAACUACUAAAAAAAUCAGAUAAUAUUGAUAUGAGUGGAUCAAUCCCAAGUUUAGAUUCAAGUAGGAUAACCACUGAAUCGAACUUUGUUAGGCGACUGUCUGGCACGUCUAUACACAGUGGUGGAGGUGACGAUGCACUUAUAAGAGCCUCGUUGAGAAGAAGACCGCACAAAGCUGUACCGCCUACACAUAGAAAUAGUUUCCAGGGUAUAGAAGGAGAUGCAGGAUUACCAGCAGCAUCGUCGCCAACACCAGUAUUUGGUACAGCCGGCACUCGCCGCACUGUGUAUGUUGCAGAUGACGAUCCCAGUACCAAUCUAAAUUCAAAACCACAAAGUACUCCAAUUAAAGAGAACCCUACUUACUUGGUGUACAAUCGAAUAUCAACCGUUAUAGGUGAUGGUGCUUGUCAGAGUAUGAACGAUAGGCCAGGCGUAGAACAGCACAGGCCGGUAUCCGAACAUUCGCGUUCUGCAGUCGAUGAAAGUGUACCAGAGAGGGAUGAUCUUAGGAAUGAAAGAAGGAAUUCAAAUAGAAACGAAAAAAGUGAAAACUCCAAAGAAUCUGCUAUUUGGUAUGAGUAUGGUUGUGUUUGA